GGUGGGCGAAGGAAUACUGUCUUCUUUCCUGUUGCCUUUCUCUCUCUGUUUGUAACAUCAAUGCUUCUGACGAAUGGUGAAGGUUUUGAUUAUCCAUCAAUUGUGAAGCCUCCAGGCACUUGGAUUAACAACGUCUCAAACUACUCUAGUUGGGACUCAGCCUGGUUGACACUGAAACCUAUCUUGGUCAAUGGGGAUUUUGUUUGUGGUUUCCACUGCAAAUUUGAAGAAAACAACACCUGCCUCUUUGCUAUCUCCAUCUUCAAUUUCACUUCCAACCGUCACUUAGAUUCACAAAUCGUAUGGUCGGCUAAUCGAAACAAUCCAGUUGGACGUGGGGCACAAUUGCAACUCUCCCAACAAGGGGAUUUAACACUGCAAAAUGUUGAUAGCACUCUGAUUUGGUCUACAAACACAAUAGGUAAAUCUGCUUCGGGUUUGAAGUUAACUGGUCAGGGUAACCUCAUGCUGUUUAAUGGAAACAAUCAGAUGGUUUGGCAAUCUUUUGACCAUCCAACAGACUCUUUAGUUCUCGGACAGAGACUAGUUUCUGGGCAGAAAUUGGUGGCAAGUAUGUCUGACACAAAUUGGAGUGAGGGUAUAUAUUCAUUUUCAAUUGAUAAUAAUGGUUAUUUUGUUGCUUCUGCGGAGUUCGAUGCUACCAUAGUGUAUUACAAAUUCAACAAGUCUCAAUUAAGUAGCCAAACGGGGCAGUUUUAUGCUGAGCUCACUAACACAAGUUUCGGUAUUGGUCUUUCUCCAAGAUCUGGAGUUCGUUUUAUACAAUUGGGCUCUGAUGGGCACUUAUUGUCUUGGAAUGGAACAGUGUAUUGGCGAACGGAUGAUUUGUUUGAGAACCAAGUCCAUGAAUGUGAUUAUCCACUGACAUGUGGAAAUUAUGGAAUUUGUUCGGUAGAAGGAUGCAGUUGCCCAUCGUACUUCAAGCAGAUAGAGUCUUUUCAGUCCCAAUCUUAUUAUACAUGUUCUCCAUAUAUUCCAAUAUCAUGUGAGUUUCCUGACCAACACAGUCUUAUUGAGCUUAAGAAUGUUGAUUCUGUUCUCGGAGUUAAUUAUCACAUAACAGACAUUGAAAGCUGCAAGCAAGCCUGUUUAAAGAACUGUUCUUGCAAGUAUGUUGUUUUCCAACAUAAUAGUAAUUCCUCAUCAUCUGGAAGGUGCUUUUUAAGAUCUGAAGCUUUUUCAUUCAAGAGAGUGAAUUCAUAUAACUAUCAAUCUGUGUUUCUAAAGGCGCAUGGUUCAAGUGUGAAGCCUCCAUUCUCUUGGACUAACAUCAUCUCAAACUCUAGUUGGGAAUCAGAAGAGUUGAUACUGGAACCCAUCUUUUUUAAUGGGAAUUUUGUUUGUGGCUUCCACUGCAAAUUAGAAGAAAACAACACUUGCCUCUUUGCUAUCUCCAUCUUCCACUUCGAAUCCAGCGAUCAUACAAAUUUAAAAAUGAUAUGGUCUGCUAAUCGAAACAAUCCUGUUGGAGGUGGGGCAAAAUUGCAACUUUCCCAUCAAGGAGAUCUAACACUGCAAGAUAUUAAUGGCACUCUGGUUUGGUCAACUAAAACAGCAGGUAAAUCUGUUUCAGGGUUGAAGUUAACUGAUCAGGGUAAUCUUCUGCUGUUUGAUGGAAACAAUGAGACUGUUUGGCAGUCUUUUGAUCAUCCAACAGACUGUUUAGUUCUCGGACAAAGUCUAGUUUCUGGGCAGAAAUUGAAGUCAAGUUUCUCAACCACAGAAUGGAGUGAGGGUUUAUUUUCAUUCCUAAUUGAUAAUAGUGGUUUUUUUGUUGCUUCUGUGGAGUCAGAUACCAGCCUAGUCUAUUACGUUUCCCAUAGUUAUCCAUUAAAAAGCAAAACAGGGCAGUUUUAUGUUGAAUUCACUAACACAAGUCUUGGUAAUGGCCUUUCUCUAGGAUUGGGCGUUAGUUUUAUACAAUUAGGCUCUGAUGGGCACUUAAGGUCCUUUAGGUGGGUAGAAUCAGAAUGGAAGGAAGUCUAUGAUUUGUUUGAGUACCAAGUUCGCUGAUGUGAUUACCCACUGGCGUGCGGAAAAUAUGGAAUUUGUUCAGCAAGUGGAUGCAAUUGCCCAGAACCAGAUGAAAACGGAACAACGCACUUCAAGCUAAUAAAUCUUGGGUGUUCUC